AUGCAAAGGCUGACAGAAGAGUGGUCGAGUAAGCUGGAGAUCAUCCUCUACGUACCCAACAAGGCUGUCAUCCAUACGAUGAGGAUGCGGUAUUUGUUCAACAUCUAUAAAGCACAUAGGCUAUUGUUACUUGAUCUUGAAGCACUUGUCACGUAUGUAGUAAACAUCUAUCUCAAUAUGUUUGGAUCGGAAGACAUCACUGGAUUGGAUGUCAAUUCCUUGGCACUUAAUUUAUCACACUACAAAGCUAGUUUUCUGAGCAUAGGAAGAUGUAUCUCACCUAUAAAUGAUAUGAUCCAAGCUACUUCUGCUACUAAUGUAGGAUUAGCCAUAGGUUCUUCUUUGGUAGUGAAUUAUUACCCUGUUACCAUUGGUGUGGGGCAGGAUGCAAUUUUUUCCAUAUUAAACUUCUUGAGCAGGCUUUCUACAACUGGUGUUUCAUUUGCAUGCAAGGUUGCCUCAUCUGCAUUGAUAAAGAUAUCACUAAGCUUCAUUGGUAGUUAA